CUUUCUGGGAAGAACUGCAUAUUGACAUCCGCAAUCAGCUUGAAAUUCACAGAAGAACAGCUUCUAACCUGAAAAAGAGGUGAACAUUUUGUGAAGGUUACAGGUAGCGGAGUGAUGUGGCCGCUAACCUGUCUCUUCCUCCUGCUCCUCCUUGGUGGCCUGGCCCUGUCCUGUCCCAGGGAGUGCCUCUGCCACACCUCAGAUGGCAUCCUGACGGUGGACUGCGCCGGGAGGGCACUGCAUGGCCUCCCCCAGGACAUCCCAGGAGAUGUGGGCGUCCUAAUCCUCAAGAACAACUCCCUGGAUCGCCUGCCUGCUUCUGCCUUCCACAACUUCACCCAGCUGCAGGCUCUCCAUCUCCAGAGUAACAGGCUUGAGAGCUUGCCUGAAGACCUCUUCCUUCCCCUCCCUCAGCUCACCCACCUCUAUCUCUACGGCAACCAGCUGACGCGGCUCCCGGAUCGCAUUUUCGCCCCUCUGCAGAAUCUCGAGCGCCUUCAUUUGAACGGCAACCACCUCUCUCGAUUUUCAGACGCCCUGUUCUCUUCUCUGCCUCGCCUCAAGACCUUGGUCUUGGCGAGAAACAGGCUGGAGAGCCUCUCUCCUGGCUCUUUCCGGAACCUGCAGUCCCUCACGGUCCUGUCUCUCUCCUCCAACGGCCUGGCCUCCCUGCACCCCGGCCUCUUCAGCGGCCUGCAGGCGCUCCGCGUGUGCGCGCUGUACGACAACAAGCUGAGCGCGGUCCCCGCCGCCGUGUUCCGGGGCCUCCGCAGCCUGUCCUGGCUCUCGCUGGCCAGGAAUGCUGUCCGCCAGCUGCCGGCCAGUCUUUUCCAGCAAACGGGCCUCCAGCACCUGUACGCGUACGACAACCAGCUGCAGACCAUUGAAGCCAAGAUGUUGGAACCCCUCGUUCAUCUGAAAACACUCGACCUACGGCAGAACAGCCUGGAGCAGCUCCCGGAAGGGCUGUUCGACAAUGCGUCGAAUCUGACGACUGUGCGACUUCAGGGAAACCCAUGGCAGUGUGACUGCAAAGUCAGGUAUCUUCGGCAAUGGCUGAUUAGCAACAGGCAGCUGGCAGACCAGCCUCUCUGCAUGAGCCCUCCUGCCGUCAGGAACCUGCCUGUGACGGACAUUUCAGAGGCUCACGUAUCGCGCUGCUGAGGUUAACUUGAACAUGCCAUGAUGUUUAGAUUUUGCCAACAGCUAGAAUGAUUUGAGUCUCAUUCCUGUGUAUUGUACUGCUUUAGAUGCUUCAGCCUAGGUUUUUUUUGUUGUACCUUGUUUUAGCCUCUGUAUCAUGUAAUACACACGUUUCUACAUUAACAGAAGUUUAGAAAUAAGUUUAUCCAUUGUGAAUGUUUGCACUACUAAUAUUUUACAGAUUGGUGACCAUUAACAUGCUGUAUAAACUUACGAUUAGGAUUAGCAUGCAAGUGUUUUCUUUUUAAUGCCAAAUGUAGUAUGUGUCCAAAAAGCUCAAUUUUUAUUUUUAUUUUUUUCUGACCACAUCAUAUGGUACCAGUGGUCAUUCAAUUGCGGUUUGCCUCUUUGUGCUUCUUCCUGAAUGCCACACCCAUGGAGGGGACACCGAACGCUAGUUUUGACACUUUUUGUAUCUUGAUAAUGUGGAUUUGUGCGGGAGAUCUCUCCUUUUGGCUUUGCCUCCUGAAACAUCUUUUCUGCAGAGUCUGGAGAGGCAAGAUCCACUUGUGUCCUUUUUCUGGCAAGACUGCCACUAUUCCAGUAGUAGUGGACACUCCAAUGCACAGUAACAGAUUCAGUUUUUGUUGCAUUCAUAGCCAUCCCUCAGCUAGUGAAGGUCAAUGGUCAAUUCCCUGUCAUUUUCCAAAGGCCCUGCUGACCUUAACCGUGAUGCUGCUUCUAUUGCAUAUCUGCGCUUUACUGCUGCACCGUGUACUAAAGGUCUUGUGACCUCUACCGUGUCCCAGAGUUUGUGUGAUCUCUGGCACGACACAACCUCGGGUGUGUCCAUAAUUUUUCCUUUUACACCCCAAGUUAACAGGCCCCCCUUCAAAGCUGAAGACGUCCACUGCACUUGCAAAGAGCUGAAGGUAUAAUCUCAUUUGAAGGACUGCUUCUGCUAAGGUGAUUUGCUGUGAAUGAAGGUGGCCCUCAGUGCAACUGGAAUUCAAACAAUUAUGAAUGAAUGACAAAUAUGUAAUUGCUCUGUGCCAUAGCAUGAACACAGUACAACAGUUAUACAUUUUUACAAGCAUGACUAUUCCAUAAUUCAUUAAGUUGUAUGUUUUUUUUGUUCAUAUUUCACUGGAGAUAAGAAUAAAUAUGGAGCAUCCUGUGUUUCUUCAUAUGCUGAGGACACACUGGGGGACUAUUUCCUGGA